GCUCGGCAUACACAGGGCUGCUGCCCAGAUGGCCCGCCCGCCGAUCGUGUGCGGCCGAUGCAUGCGACGACAGCUGAAUUUGGCCGCUCAGACAUCGAGCCUCCUGAAGCUCCCGCGGGCGACACGACGAUAUGCCACGGCCGAGUCCAGACCUGCGCUCGAUAUGCUCAGCAAUGACGUUACGAGAAAACUAGACGCUGUAUCGAAGGCUGCGCCUUUGGGAAGCUCGGACGGAGCAAAAUCUUCAUCAUUUCCCAAGACCAACGCCAGGGUGGUGGGCUACUGGCUUCUGGGCAGCGCGGCAAGCGUCUUCGGCAUUGUAGUCUUUGGCGGACUGACAAGGCUGACAGAAUCCGGCCUGAGCAUCACUGAAUGGAGGCCCGUAACGGGCUCGCUCCCGCCCCUAUCUCUUGCCGACUGGGAAUCCGAGUUUGACAAGUACCGUGCUUCCCCCGAGUAUAAGAUGCUCAACCCGCAUAUGGACCUGGCCGAGUUCAAAAAGAUCUACUUUAUGGAAUGGACCCAUCGGCUCUGGGGACGCUUUGUCGGCCUCUCGUUUGUGCUGCCAACAAUUUACUUCAUUGCUCGUCGUCGAGUGACGCCGAGAAUGGCUGCAACACUAGUCGGCAUCUCCGGCCUGAUCGGCUUCCAAGGUUUUAUCGGGUGGUGGAUGGUCAAGUCUGGAUUGAAAGAUGAUCUGUUUGCCCCCGGAUCGCACCCCCGUGUCAGUCAAUAUCGCCUCGCGGCGCAUCUGGCUACCGCUUUCGCCUGCUAUUCCUGGAUGCUCUUGGCCGGUUUGGAUGUUCUUAGGACGCACCGGGCACUCCGCGACCCUGAAGCCGCCGCAAAGCAGUUUGCGGCGCUGAAAUCGCCCGCGCUAAGAGUCCUCCGCGGCUCCGUUGCUGCUCUGACAGGGCUGAUUUUCAUCACGGUUCUCUCGGGCGCCCUCGUGGCCGGCCUUGACGCCGGUCUUAUAUACAACGAGUUCCCUAAGAUGGGUACAGGCUAUAUGCCACCUAAAUCGGAGCUUCUCGACAAGUUCUACAGCCGCAGGGAAGACGGGUCAGAUCUGUGGUGGCGCAACAUGCUUGAAAACCCCUCCCUUGUGCAGCUUGACCAUCGCAUCCUUGCCACGACGACAUUUAGCGCCGUGUUAGCCCUCUUUGCAUACAGCCGGACGGGCAAGGUCAAGGCUUCCAUGCCCAGGAAUGUACGCAAAAGUGUCACAGGCCUGCUUCACCUGGUAUCAGCGCAGGUUACUCUUGGCAUCUGCACCCUGAUCUACAUGGUUCCGAUUUCGCUUGCAGCCGCUCACCAAGCCUGCGCGCUCGCCCUACUGACAGGGGCGUUGGUCGUCGGCCACCGCUUGAGGGUGCCGAAGCACACGCUGGCCCUAGUACAAAGGGCGCUGAAGGAACCUGUCCGGAUGAAGGGCGGGCCAACCAGCGCAAGAAUUGAAAAGGCAGUUCCCGGGUUUUAACCAGAUCAAGUGAACGACAGUUGACCAGAGCAUGGAAAGCAGAGAGUGUAAUAUUCACCUGUACAAAUAGGAAGCGGGAUAUACCCCAAGGCUUGCGGAAGCCGAGUGUAGGUUAGGGUAGUGCACAUAUUCUCAUUUACUCCCCAAUCAGGCAUUUGUUCGUAUAUCCAGCUAAUAUCAAAUUGUCAUCGCAUUCCCACU